GAGUAAGAGAGAGAGAGAGAGAGAGAGAGAGGUGACUGCGACGCAUAAACGCGUACAUCUGAUCUACAAGUUUCAGCUUUACUCAGAGGGCAUUUAGUCCACCUCUUGCAAACAAGACAGUCCCUCUUGACAGAGCAACUGGUGGUUUCACUUAGAAGCAUUUUUUUAGUUUGCACAGUUUGGCAGGUAUCUACAACUUGGAAGUGCAAUGCGGAAGGUGCUCAAAGGCAGUUUACCCACAAGAAGAAACCUGUGGAUUUAACAUUACCCGAUUUUUGGACUGCUUUGUUUACUUGCUAAGCCGUUAUUGCUUUUGUAUAUGAAAGUUUGGUGUUAGCCAUGGAAGAUCAGUCUCGGUGGAUAAGCCACCACCCGGCGGUAUUGAACGGACAGCACCCGGACACGCAUCACCCUGGCCUGGGUCACUCGUACAUGGAUACCUCUCAGUAUCCCAUUGCUGAUGAUGUGGAUGUACUUUUUAAUAUUGACGGGCAAGGUAGCCACGUCCCUUCUUAUUAUGGGAACCCAGUACGGGCCGUCCAGAGGUACCCCCCUCCGCCGCAUGGCAGCCAGGUAUGUCGUCCACCGCUCCUGCACAGCUCUCUGUCCUGGCUCGAUGGAGGCAAAGCUAUCACCUCUCAUCACAGCACUUCACCCUGGAACUUGAGUCCGUUCCCUAAAACGCCGCUGCAUCACAGCUCCCCUGGGACACUGUCGGUUUACCCUCCAGCAUCAUCUUCCUCCUUGUCUGCAGGCCAUUCCAGUCCUCAUCUCUUCACCUUUCCCCCAACCCCACCUAAAGAUGUCUCCCCAGAUCCAGCUAUUUCGUCCCAGGGCUCCAGCACUUCAAAUCGUCAGGAGGAUAAAGAAUGCAUAAAGUACCAAGUAUCAUUAACUGAAACAAUGAAGUUGGAGUCCACUCACUCCAGGAACAGCAUGGCACAAAUUGGAGGGGGGGCAUCAUCCGCUCAUCACCCCAUCGCAACAUACCCACCCUAUGUCCCAGAUUACGGCCCAGGCCUCUUCCCACCAAGUACCCUGAUAGGUGGGUCAUCUUCUAGUUAUGGUUCCAAAACAAGACCAAAAACAAGGUCCUGUUCAGAAGGUAGAGAAUGUGUAAAUUGUGGAGCAACGUCAACCCCUCUGUGGAGGAGAGACGGUACCGGUCAUUAUUUGUGUAACGCCUGCGGACUUUAUCACAAAAUGAACGGCCAGAACCGACCUCUCAUCAAACCGAAGCGAAGGCUGUCCGCUGCUAGGAGGGCGGGGACGUCUUGCGCGAACUGUCAGACCACCACCACGACGCUGUGGCGGAGAAAUGCCAACGGAGAUCCAGUGUGUAAUGCCUGUGGGCUCUACUUCAAAUUGCACAAUAUCAAUAGACCUCUGACAAUGAAGAAGGAGGGGAUUCAAACGAGGAAUCGCAAAAUGUCCAGCAAAUCAAAGAAAAGCAAAAAGGCCCACGAUAGCAUGGAUGACUUCUCCAAGAGCCUUAUGGACAAAGCAAGCACAUUUAACCCAGCUGCCCUCUCCAGACACAUGUCAUCAAUCGGUCACAUUCCUCCUUUUACUCACUCUGGUCACAUGCUGACUACUCCACCUAUGCAUCCCACCUCAAGUCUGUCAUUUGCACCUCACCAUGCAACCAGUAUGGUCACUGCCAUGGGCUAAACGGCUUGCAAAAAAAAAAAAAAAGAAAAAGAAAGAAAGAAAAAAGGGCAUAAGCCUGCAACUUUAAUUUCUUCUUUUCAUGUGUAUUUUUUCCUCUACGGAAGCCCAAAAAGAGACACAUUUUUCCUCAGCCCACUAAAGGCUUUUAACUCCUCAGAAACAGUUUGCCACUGUCCAAGGACCUCGGUAUGGUGUGUAUGCAUUUUCAACCACUGAAUCUGGAUUCCAUUUGUGUAUAAGCCAUUUUUUAACCUUGCGUAGACUUCUUCCCUGUGUAACAGGGUCUCUUGUACUGUGAAGCAAAGGAUCAAAACCUUGAAUAUAUUUGUACAAAUUGUAUGAAGUGCAGUACAUUUAUUAAAGACAUUUGAAGACACAAAGGGACUGUGGACAGCGAUGAAGAGAGUACAAGUGACUGAAAGGGGAAACAGCAAACCCCCGAGUGCACGAAUAUAGAGGAGGCUGGCCACCAAAUUGUCUUUGUACAUGAAAGUAAUGGACACAUACUGCCAGUUGUGCUUCUUCACUGGAGGAAGUUGUUUGAUGCAUUAAACUUGUAGACAGAUCAAUCAUCCAGGCUGUUGGCCUCCACAUAGGAAAUACUAUCAGUUCCAGGCAAUCAGUGUUAACACACAGACAUUGCCAAAGAGGAUUUUGUGAGAGACAUUUUCCUGGCCUAUAUGCAUAGUGAACAAGUUCCUGUAUUUGUUAUUUGUAUGUAUAAUUCAGAGUACCAAAAAUAUGAAAGAAACAAAGAUGUAGAAUUAUUUCUUCUUGUAUUGCAGACUGAAUGGUUGUACAAAUUUAAUAACUGCUAGUGUAAAAAAGACUGCUACUUUUUGUUUUUUUUUUCGUAUUUUUUUUUUCUUUUCUUUGGAAAUAAACUAGUUUAACUCUGUUGACCUGAAA